AUGACACUUCCUAACGGCGCGACUGAUGCAGACGAGAAAGUGACUGAAAAUGUUAAGGAUGGUGUGAUUGACUUGGUGGAGCAACCGGGAUCUGACGUGGACAGAAAGGCUGACGUGGACAAUGGGGAUAAGAACGACGAAAUUGAUCUCGAGGGUGAACCUGAGGAUGUGGACGGUUCGGCGGAAAAAGCGGAGAACGCGAGUGUGCCGGGAACAGCGGCGGAGGAUGCGGAUCAAGAGAUGGUAAACGUCGACACCGACGGUCCCGACGCGCAGAUUUCAGGGUACGCCAUUCGUUACGAAAACGUUCGCCGGUCUUUCGCCGACCUGCAGGCGAAAUCGGCGAUGCUCGCGAGCUGCAUCGCGCAGUGGCGAGAGCUGGACGAGUUUUUCGCCGCGAGCGAAGAGAGGCUCCGAAAGUGGGAGCAGGACUUAAGCGAGAAAGAGAGAGCCCUAGAGGAGAAGACGCGGACCGUUACAAUGCAACUCGAUAAGCGAGAGACCCGUGCUACGCGCGCGGCCAGCGAGGAUAAAUCGUCUGCAAAGCACGCUGGCGCCGAGGCUGCUCCUCCUAGCGAGCCCGCCAGUAACGGAGCGGCUACAGCUUCUGCUACAGCCGAGCCCGCUACGGCUCACCCCAAGGAUAGCAAGUCCGACAAGACCCCGAGAUCCGGGGGCGAGACGGGGGAGGCGGCGGUGCGCGUGAGCGCGGAGCUGCGCGGGCUGUGCGCGGGGAUGGACGCGGAGGGGCUGAAGCGCUACGUCAUGCAGAACCGGCGCGACAUUGCCCGCGUGCGCGCGGAGCUCCCGCACGCGCUCCCCCUCGCGCUCGACCCCUGCCGCCUCGUCCUCUCGUGCCUGGACUCCUACAAGCCCAAGGCCGUCGAAGCGCCCGCGGCCGGCGCUGCCGGCGCGGGCGGCAAGGAUAAGCGGCGCGAGCCCGUCGAGCCGACCCACGUGCGCGCCGUUUCCCUCCUGGUGGAAACCCUAGGGCAGGUUCUGGCCAGGCAGGCCAAGGCGGAGGGGGUUUCCGUCCCCGUUAUUGCGCCCUCGAUACAGGAGAAGGCGCGGGGGAUUCUGGAGGGGUGGGUGCGGAGCGGGGGGCCGCUGAGCAAGGCGGAGGAAGCUUCGUCGCUGGACGCGUGGCUGGUGCUGCAGGUGGCGGCGGUUUUUGGCGUGGCGCGGCAGGUGGGGGGAGACGAAGACGCGCUGCUAGGGUUUGUGGCGGCGUCCGCGCGCCGAAAGCAGACGGCGGACAUGGUGAAGGCCAUGGGGCUCGUGGAGAAGAUGCCAGUGGUGGUUGAGCGGCUGGUGAAGGAGGGGCGCGAGGUGGACGCCAUCUACCUGGCGCAUGGCGUUGACCUGCUUGACCACGUUGACCCCGUUGACCUGCUCAAACGCAACCUGCGGGAGAUCCGCACGCUGGUCUCCGCCAUGACCAAGAAGGACAAGUCGCUGCAGGCCGAGAACGAGGCAACCUCGAAGGAGAUCAGCAUGGUACGGGCCAUCAUCCGCUGCGUCGACGACUGCGGCCUCAAGACCCUCUUCUCAACCGACAACCUCACCAAGCGCAUCGAGCAGCUCGAGAAGAACCGCCAGCUGCGCAAGCAGCAAGCACAGGACGCCAAGCGCGCCGCACACGAGACGCGCAUGCAGCAGGCCAUGGCAGCCAAGAGGCAGCGCCUCGCUACCAACCCGAUGGCAGCGUAUUCGCUUGGAGGGGCAGGUAUGCCUGGGGGAGGUGCCAUCUAUGCGACAGCUAGUGGGGGAGCAGGCAGCCUGGGGCAGGAGGUGGUGUAUGGGGUGGGAACCAUGGGGUCAGGUCUUACCUCCCCAGGUGCGGGGGCAGGGCUAGGGGGAGGGCUGUAUGCUGCAGGGGGGGUGGGGGGCUUGGGGAGUGGUUUGGGGGGGACGGUUACGUAUGUGGCGGAGGCAGGGACUGGACCGCAGCUGCUGGUGCAGAGGGGCAUGUAUGGAGGGGAGGUGGGUGCGGCAGGUACGACGGUGUAUUAUGCGGUUCAGGGGGAUCAGGGGCAGGCGGGUGGCGGAGUGGGAGGGGCGGCGGGGGGAGCGCAGCUGAGUGGAGGGCAAGCAACGUAUGAUUAUCAGACCGGGUCGUAUGUUGGAGGGGGGUACCAUGGGGGUUAUGGUAGCGAUUUGAUCCCUUCGAAUAUGUCGGGUUACGUGACUCUCCGCGGUUCGGACGAUCCGCAAGAUGAGGGGCUGCUGGGCGGCACCAGCAGCCACACGGGGGAAGACUGGAAGGCGCGUCUCGCCACGAUGGGAAAGAAAAUGGGGGAAUCGAUGACCGCCGUCGGCGGAAAACUGACGGAAUCGAUGACGGAAAUCGGCGACAAGAUGAAAAACAUCUUCCACACGCCGACGCUCGCGGAGCGUCUGGUCGAAGAAGCGACGGACGAGAUCUUAAUCUCCCCUGACUGGGGUCGAAAUCUCUUAAUCUGCGACCUUGUUAACUCGGGAAAACUCCCGGGAGGCGAGACGGUGCGCGCGAUUAAAAAGCAGCUCGCGUCGCGCAACUCGCACGUGCAGAUGCUGGCGCUCGCGCUGCUGGAGAUGGCCGUUAAGAACUGCUCGUCGUUAUUUUCUGACGUGGCGAACGAGCGCGUGCUCGAUGACAUGGUGCGCAUCGCGGACGAGCCGCACAGCGCGGCGCAGCUGCGCGAGAAGGUGCUGAAGAUGAUCGAAGCGUGGGGGGAGGCCACGGAGGAGCUGCGAUACCUGCCCGUCUUCGAAGAAACUUACAAGAGCCUCAAGAUGCGAGGAGUGGUCUUCCCGCCUCGUGACGCUGAGUCUCUCGCGCCCAUCUUCACGCCGCCCGCCAGUGUGCCGCCCGCUGCCGUGCAAGCCGCCCACGCGCUGCUGGAGUCGGUGGAGGGGCAGAUGGCCAAUGAGGUGGCGCCACCUGGCGUGUCGAUGGUCCCGCGGCCCGAGGGCGGGCACAUGGUGGUGUUUGACAGCAAGGAGAUCUUUGAGAUUUCCAGGAAUAGUGUCGAGUUGCUGGGGACUGUGCUUUCCUCUGCUCCUCCUGAACAAGUGCUCACGGAUGAGGUGGUGCCUGCGCUGGCAGCACAGUGCCGGGCAGCCAAGAGCAGUCUGCUGCGGCUGAUCGAGCACGAGAACAGCAACUCAGAGGCCCCCAGCGAGACACUCCUGUUCGAGGCGCUCAGCCUGAACGAUGACAUUGACAAAGUACUUGAAAAGCUGGCUGAGCUGCGCAAACAGGCCUCCGCUGCUGCUGCUGGGGCCGGAGCAGGAGCAGGGACGGGAGCAGGAGCGGGUGCAGGAGCAAUCCCCCGUACCUGUGGUCGCGCUCUUGAGGUGGUACCGGUGAUGAACCGCGAAAUGAAGGCGCUUAGAGCUGGGUCGAUGGCGGCCGCCUCCUGUCCGGCCAACAUCUCUGUUGCGGGAGCCACGGUGGACCUCCCCCCCGAUCAGUGGAAGCUGCUCGCUGAUGACAAGCAUCCGUUCACGGCCCGUCUGUUCGACUUCGUCGCUUGCGUGAUUGUCCGGAGGUUUUUGGAGAAGGAGGUGCAGGAGCACGUCCGGGUCGUGACGAGCGAUGUGGUCGCGGACAUUGUCGCGGGUCGCGAUGAGGCUGUCAAGGCCUUUGCCGGUGUGAUGGAGUGCAGCCUUGUUGCAUUCUGCAUCUGGACCGAGGACUUGGUGGACAACAAGUGCUCGAACGCGAGCAUGCUCCUUAUGCUCCACCCAGAUCACCUGUCGAUUGACGGUGACGAGAAUUGGCACACGCGAUUCGUUCGCGUUGCUAUUCCACCUGGUGGGAAGGAACACGUGACCGCGGCGGAGGCAAUUGUGGAGUGGUUUCAGGGUCGCGUGGACGAGGAGUUUGCUCGCAGCUCCAUUCAGUGCACCCGGGCGCGCCAGCUUCAGGAUCCCAAUCGGCUGUACGAUAUGGAUGCGACGUCGUUGAAGGGCUCCUGCGGCAACCUCGCUUGUCUGUUCGCGUUAGACAAGACCCUUGCUCAGUUGGACGCGGUUGCUGCCAAUGGAUCCGGGCCGCAAUUCUCGAGGCCUACCGCGAAGACUCUGAAUGCACUGCGGCAUGACGCCCACCAAAGCGCCGAAGAGCUCGCGUUCAACUUGAGCGUGGAUUUGCCGCGACACAAGCACGGCGGUGAGGCUGAGGGGGUUGAAUUGGGGAAGAUGCAUGAAGUGACAACGGGUGCGCGGGUUGCUGACCAUGGUGUACUCGCUCCCUCAGGUGCCGCUGGUGUUUCGAGCCGCGGAGGUGCUCGCGGCGGGACGACGGUCCACGCUGAUGACCAUGGGGCAGACGAUACCGCGACUAAGGGUGCACCCCGCGAUGACGCUGACCGCACUGUAGCGCGUGAGGGGGAAGAGUCAAGCGAGGAGGAGGAGGAGGCACACGUGGUCGCGGCCGCGGCAGCCAACAGGCCCGCUACAUCCGGCAAGAGCAUCAAGCACCUCGCGCAGCACUUGGCCCCCGGUGCUGGAAGCGCGGCCCCGAGUGGUGAGGUCGCGGGCAAGAGUCCCGUGACAUGUGCGCGUGAUCACGCGUCCCUUUCCGCGUUGCCCUCGCAUAGGCUUGCUGCCGAGAUCCUGCAGCUUGACUGCAGGCUUGCAGCGCAGGCGGAAGAGAUCGCACGGCUGAAGAUACGCCAGGAGUCGGGGGUUGGAGGGGUCGCGGUCGUGGGCUCCGAGGAGCUCGCGGCCGCGCUGUCUAAUGCGGUUCGGUUGCUGGAGAGGGAGGCGAGGGCGCUCGCGCAGGAAAGGGCGGCCCUGCUGGACACGCGUAACCAGGAGGCGUUGGUGCUGGGGCGAGUGGACGCGAGGUUGGGCCAGCUGCAGGGGGUGGUGGCGGACUCCAUGGAAACCGCUAAGAAGAAGUUGACGGACGAGGUUGCGCGGAAGAUCGACAACAUGUCGUCCGCGGUCUCAGCGACAGCAGAGCGGGCAAUCACAACCAGCGGGGUCACACCCUCAUCGCGCUCGUCGGAGGGAGCCCGACGCCGCGCACCGGCCGAGACUCAGCGGGGGGCGAAGAGGCAGAGGGUUCCUCAGGCAGCGGCCGCGGUGCGCCACCCGAGCGUGCAUGACAUCCUCAAGAACAAGUGGGGCGCUGCAUCGCGAGGCGCUGCACCGCCCGGUCAACCGGGGUCGAGCUCGCGCUCCAUCCCACCUGGAGAAGCUGCACCCAAAGCACCGGGCCCUGCCGGGGCGACCGCGACAGUGACAACCACUGCGGGUAAGGGCAAGGGUAAGUUGGAGGAUGGAGAGGUGCCGGCCGCUGUGGGUUCGCUUGCAGCGGGGCGUGAGGAGCAGUCCGCGGCGGCUGCUGCGGCGGAGGGAAGGCAGACCGCUCUCGCACCCGCUCAUCCCGCGAUUACCGCGGGUCAUCUGCACAGCGCGCUGGCAUCUGCAGGUCCGAGCGCUGCCGCGGGAGAGGCCAAGACGGAAAAACGCGGGCGAGGCAAGAAGUUGCCCCCUCCACCCGUGUACACCAUCGACGAGGACGAUGCGGACUAG